AUGAAGGCCUUUUCAUUUUUGGCUGCGUUGCUGCCAGCUGUAGCUGCGCAAACUCUUUGCGAUCAGUACUCAACCAUAUCGGCCAACGGUUUCACCAUCAGUAACAAUCUCUGGGGCGAGUCAGCUGCAUCUCCUGGAGGAUUCGGUUGUAUCACAAACGACUGGAUCACUGAUGCCACGGCGUGGCAUGCUGACUGGCGAUGGUCCGGCAGUCCCUCCAACGUCAAGUCAUUUCCAAACGUGCAAAGGAACAUAGGAGCAAAGCAGUUGGUCAGCAGCAUCAACAGCAUGCCCACCGGCGCCGUAUGGAACUAUACCGGAAACAACUUGCGCGCUGAUGUCGCCUACGACUUGUUCACUGCUUCCGACCCUAACCACCCGACUUACUAUGGAGACUUUGAGCUUAUGAUCUGGCUUGGCAGAUAUGGUGACAUCUACCCCAUUGGUUCAUCCCAGGGCAAUGUCAACAUCAACGGCCAAGAUUGGCAGCUAUACUACGGCUGGAACGGCCAGAUGCAAGUCUACAGCUUUGUUGCUUACAGCCAGGUCCAGAACUGGAACGGAGAUGUCAAGCAAUUCUACAACUGGAUGGCUACAAACCGAGGAUACCCUAUCGGCAGCCAGUACCUUCUCAGCUUCCAAUUCGGAACUGAGCCAUUUUCCGGCGAUGGCAACACCUUCUCCGUCUACUACUGGAAAGGAGAUAUCAACUAA